CUUCCUUCCUUCAACCUCCCAUCGGAGCAGAGCGGCAGCAGGAAAAAGGAAAGCCUAUUUAAUUGCUGGGAAUGGGAAAAGAAAGUGACAGACAGAGAGAGCUGAUGGACUCCUAAAGACUGACUGCAACUUUAAGAAGCAGGGCUGUUUUGAAGGAAAAACACACAAGUCUGACAGCUUUCAAGGACAAGCUUUAACAUGCAGCCUUAAUCUGUACAGAAGUGAAACCAACCUGUGAUGAACCUGAACAAACUGAACUGUUACGGUCAGACAUGUAUGACUAUCUCCUCUGUGCCAUCUGCUAUGUCUGGAUCUUGCAGACUGGUUUCUGCGAUGAAGAAUGCAAUCAGGGUGUUCUGGCAAGACGUGGAGCAUAUGAUGUGCCAGCAGGGGGCAGUCUGUCUCUGUCCUGUGUGGUCCAGCACUGUGGAGACGCCUGGACAGGAACCUGGAUGUGGAAGAAUUCAACAUAUGAAAAGUUCAGCACUGUUAAGGAAAGCGCGAGGCAUCGUUUAACCAAAGAGACACUCUCUGCCAAUAAAACCCAACUGGUUUUGAAACUUCUGAGAGCAGACCCACUAGAUGAAGGUUCCUAUCAGUGUAGUGUUAUAUGGGCUGCAGGCAACACUGAACAGGGACAUCUGACGACCGUGAACAUCACCGCAGCGGUCCCGUCUCAGAGGAUCUUGUGGCACAGGGUUUUGAUCUGUGCUGGUGCUUUUCUUUGUUUUCCCAUCGUUGUGGGAUUGGCUCACUGUCUGAGUUCAGAGGUCAAGCAUCAGCUGCUUCCCAUGGCAACGCUGUACACAGCUGUAGAGAGAAACCUGCCUCCCUCCGCUCCACAGCCUCCACCUCGACGUCCAGUACCACAGAAACGUAAGACGACCCCAAACAAAGCAGUUCGCCCCAAACAGCAGCAGAAUAUUGUGGUAGUAUAUGCAGACAUUUCCCAAGAUGCACUUAGGGAGCAACGAGCCAUGAGAGAGCCUACACAAUCGACUGUUUACUCAUCUGUCAGGUUUCCCUGACUGCAAGUGAAACAAAGCUGAGGAUCAAUGAUGUAUUACUUUCUGUUUGACUUUGUCACUGACAUCCUCAGGAAACACUGCAUGCGGGUUCUCACUUGCAGGACUGAAUCUCUGAGACAUUCCGACGUUCUUAACCCUGUAAAAUCCAAACAGAAAAAAACAAGCAAAAAUAAUAUAUAAAUAAUAAAUAAUAUAAAAAUAAGAAUUAAAAAAUAUAAAACUGAUGUAUUUUUGCAACAGUUACUUACAAAGUUAAGAGUUAACACCACAGGCGAAUAAGAUGAUAUUUCUAACAAAAAUAUACCAAUAUGAAACAUCCUGGGUUGAUUCCAUGUUUUUGUUUUGCAAGUUUUCUGAAAUGUCAUGCUUUGUUAUGCAAAUGAGCUCUUAAAUGCAUAAAAUGCAAGAAAUGUUUGUUUCCUAUCAGGCGUUUUUACAGAGGGGAUUUUUCAAUAUUCAUUUUUUAUAUCGUUCCAGGCAUGUGAAAAGUAUUGUCAACCGCAAGAAAAAAAAUGCAUUUUUAUGAUAUUUUUAAGAAUAAAAUGUUCUGUAAAUCAGUUUAUUUAUUAGUAGUUUUGUUUCUUAGGUGGAGAUUUCUCAUUCAUAUCAUGAGAAAAACUUAUUUUGAUGUUCAUCAUUUAUUCAUGAUCCUGAAAUAAUCUUAUGUCCCAUGUUACAGUCAGCACUGUUGUACUUCAUGUGCCUAAAGUCAUGACAUGCAUUGUAGGAAUUCACUUUCUUUUAUUAAUAUGACUCAUACUUCCUCAUUGUGCUUGUUGCUCUUUUGCUUUUUAAUUAUAUGAUGUCUUGUUGGGUCUCUGAGACUUCACUGCACUGAUAAAGCAAAUAUGAUACAUAUAAGGAAAUUAUUACGAUUAGCGUGACGUCUGCAAAUAGGAAUCUUACGUCAGCAGUUACUGAAUGCGUACAUUGUUAUAUAAUGAUUGGGCAACAUAAAACUGACCAUCUAACUGUAUGACGCUGUGCUGACUCUACUUGAUGUGCACUUUAACUGUUUACAGCCUAAACUGAUGAACCCCGAGGAAACACAGACAACCACAUGACCCAUGUAUGAAAGUAUAACUAAUUAAUGUAACAUAAGGAUCAUUGUCCUCUUUUAAAGAGGAGUAUAAAAAAUUUAGUGUUUUUUUAAAUGGUUUUUUACUUUUCAAAUAGUUUAACAGUUAAUUUAAUGUCAGAAUUCUAACACAUUGCAAAAUUUCAUAUAUGUGUGUGUGUGUGUGUAUGUAUGUGUGUAUAUAUAUAUAUAUAU